AUGAGCAUCCCGGUAUCCUUUUCUGAUUGCGCGGGUACUCGGCCCUUAAGAGGUGGUUCAGCUGUCCUUCUCUUCCCGUGGAUCUGUCACGAGUUGGAAUCACUCACUAUGGCCCGAAAUGGCUUGCUUAUGUCGCAGCAACAACAUCUUAACCAUCACCAACAGCAUAAACUCCUAUCUAAUGGCCGUCUGACAGACAUGCAAUCUGCCUCUGUCCACCUUUUAUCUGGUGGACCAGGACCACAACAUCAGCUGCCCCAGUUUUUGCCGCAACGUCUUCCUUCACCUCAUCUGCGGCGUUUGGGGUCGCAUCAUAGCCGACCAACUCAGCCAAACAUUUUAUUACCUGACCCAGGCCAGACUCCGAUCCGGCCAGCCGUUGGUGCUAGUCAUUCAGCUAGCACCAGCUCUGGUCGCCUUCCUCACCGCCUGCUUAUUACAGCAGUCUUACCUCGAGUGUUUUCGCGCCUUCAGCAACUAGCAUCGAUAUGUCGUAAAUUAGCUCACUGUACAAAGGAUGCCAGUAAUAAAGAAUUCAACACUUUAACCAUUAAUGGAGCUGGGUUGAAAACUGGAGUGCGUUCGGAAUCAAUUGAUAGCUCGCAGAAGCAUUGCACCGGCAAAAUGGCGACUCCUCUCUGGGCGCUGCCAUUGCCGAUUCGACAGGCGCGUACCAUCCUCGCCAAUCUCGCUUGGCUGGCUCGCCGUGAGAUUGCAACUGUCAUUAAUUCAACUUACGAUCCUCGUCCUGACAAAGUUAUUAAAGGUAAGGGUCUUGGAACUGGUACUGGUCUUGGUGGUGGCGGCGAUGAUGGCGGUAGGUGUCGAAACGGUGCCGAUGAUCGUUCUAGGUCGAAGUUUUCCGAUGCGAAGAUGGCUAAACUACAUGAAUUUGGUGGCUGCCAUCUUUGGUUGUUGCCUUCUCUGGCGGAGCACGUUUUAGAACUGGUUAAGCUCGCUAGCUGUAUGCCUGACAUCCGGGUGCGUUUAGUUUGCUUUCUUUUAUACUUUGCCCAAUUCUUAUACAUUUUGUGA